AUGCCUCCUAAAGGCGCCUCGACCGCAGUCAAGCCGAUUCGACUACAGUCAGUUUCACAUCUUAGGAUUAAACAUCCCGAUCAACAACAGCCAAACCCUUGCCUGGGCCCAAUGACCGCCAUGUUGAACUGCUGGGCCGCAGCUGGCGCAGCGGGUGGAUGUCAAGGCCUGGAAAAGGCCCUGCGUGACUGUAUGGACGCACCCGUAUGUCCUCUCCUUCCAUCUGAAGGGAUUCACAUCCCUCGAAUUUACCUUGCUCUUGAGCUCCCUCUCUAUGACUCG